UUUUAAGAUUUAUCAGAAUUUUACAGCUGUAAUGUAAUCAGAUGGAGGUCUCUGAGACAAAACUUUUACCAAAAUGAGGGUUCACGGCCUAAUGUGUGUCGACAUGAGGAAAACACUGAAGAACCACAGAUCUAAAGGUCACCAAACCACGCAUGCAUGGAGGAGCAGGGGUGUAGCUCCAGCCUGUUUCAGAAGUGACACAGUCCAUGUUGGGUCGUGGUGUGAAGCGGAAGUGGAGCUGCUUAGAGGAGCUGGAGGCCGACAGAGCUGCUGCAGCCGAGGAAGAGGAGGAUGAGGCGGAGGAAAAGGAGGAGGAAGAGGACGGGGGCCUCUUGGGUCCGGCCCGACCUGACAUGAGCCACGUGCAGCAGCGUCAGCUCGUGCUCGGCCUCUGCCUGGAGAAGCUGCAGCGCUGCCAGGCCGGCGUGGAGCUCAGCCUGCGUCGCUCCGUGCUGCUCAUCAACACACUGCGGCAGAUCCAGGAGGAGAUGCGGAGCGAUGGGUCCGAUGCGCAGUUUGACACGCCCCUGGAUGCCGCCGACCCCGACUCCCGCCUUCUCAGAUGCGAUAUCCCGGUUACAUGUCCUGGGUGUGCAGAGGGCGACAAGGAGGGCCCGUCUCCUCCCUCUGUUCUCCCCUCACUGGACACAAACAGCUCGCCCAGCCCGUCGAAAUCGCUGCCCGCUGCCACACACAGCACUUUAAGUGAUGCAGUAAACGCCGUGGGCUACCUCAGCGACCUUGCCCUGGACGACAUCUUCGAGGACAUCGACACAUCCAUGUAUGAGACAUCGGACCUGGUGGCGGGCUCCUUCUGGCCCGUCAGCGUGUCGUUGUGGGCGGAGGAGGAGGUGAAGGUGCGCUCGGCCGGUCCUGCCUCGGCCGGGACGCUGCAGUCGUGUCUGAUGGACUUGAAUGAGCUGGACCACAUCAUGGAGAUCCUGGUCAAGUCCUAAUCGCCAAGAAAGACUCCUGAACAUUUACUUUACUCGGUGAAGAAAGGAUUUGGAGUCUGAUAGCAGCGGAGAAGAGCAAGAGGGGCUGAUUUGAGCGUUGGCAAAACAUGAUAUGACCUUGGCUUUUUAAGGCUGCGUCUGACAUUUUGACUGAAAAAGAUAAAAAAAAAAACAACCAACAAAUCUUAUGUACAUAACUCAAAUCUAGGAUUCCAUCGACCGUCAUGAGUUAUGUACAUGAAUUCAGCUUACUUUUAGGCUUCUACAUGUGCCUGAAGUUAGAUAUGAACACCUGCAUGUGUAAUGCACUGUUAAAAGAAAAACGCCAACGCACAUUCUCUGGGAGCUGUUGAGGGGCAUUGUGGGAAAUGUAGGAAAUCAGUAACUGAAGUAGAAGUAGAUGAAGGAAAGUACGUCCACCAAAAAAGGAAAAUUACAGCAUUUCAUCUUGAAAUAACUUCUGGAAUGUAAUGAACAUCGCAAGAUGAUGCUAUUAUAACAGCGUGAGAAUAUCUUCUGGUGGAUUUUACUUUACCUUUAAUUUUCAGCAAUAGUGCUCUCAAUGCAGACGGAACCUUACAUUUCCAAGCUUACGGUGACGAUGCCAUGUUUCUCUCCUAGUUUAGGAGAAGUUUGAGUAAAAGCAACACACUGUAAUCCCCAGUGCUCCUCUUACUAAGUUUGAACAAAUCCACCACUGAAGGGGGAAGGAACUCGAGCUGUCAGACUGCCAGAUCAGACCUGGGUUGAUUAUUAAUUGAAAUCCUUUCAAUUACUCAGAGGGUUUGCUUUAAUCUGCCUGGAGAGCAAAGGGCUGGUUUUUCUUUCUCUGUUGGGACUGACCAGUUCCUGUUGCACCAGGUAGGAUCUUUCAAUUAAGAGUGGGAAAGUGACACCAGCCAGAAGUCAAAUGCUGCUAAAUCUUUGGCUGUGGCUGCUCGUUUGUCCACCUGCUACUUUGAGAAGUACCUGCCCGACUGAGGGUUUAUCUAAGGAUGCACUAGUGCCGAUACCAGGCCAGUAUCACAGAUUUUACCCAAGACAAGGAAUGUUUUAUAUUUUAAGAUUUUAUAUUGUGACCAAUGAACCCAAACUAAUGGUCCAAGCAACUCUGUUCAAUGAAAAUAAUUGGUUAUAUCGGCACCGGGUAUUAGUCAAUACCUAAAAUUUUGUACUCGGUAUAGGUAUUGAAAAAGUGGCAUCCCUAGGUAAAUCCUACUACGCAUCCAUUUGGCUGGUAAAGAAAUGAGUGCACAAGUGAAUUUUGGGUGAUAAUGUGGCCUGUAGACAAAAAAGUUAAUCUCUCAUCGUGCUUUCUGUCCCUCAAAUCGAAUGCCUUGCUCACUUCGUUUCCAAAGAGGUGAGAGAACAGAGCAAGAUCUUGUUGCGUUUACCAGAGCACCCUCAUCCAAAACUAUUUUUUAUUUAUGAAUUUAUAAUCAACCACAAAUGAACUGCAGAUAUUGCUCGUUAAUUGUAACUAUAUAUGAUUGUUUGUAGUGUUUGUUUUACCUUAACUUAUAAUUUUGAUGUUUAUUAUUACCUUGUACCGUCAACACAGGCGGAUUCGCCGUCAUGUUUGCUGCCUGUGUUGACACACUUCCGCAAUUUUGUGCUGCCAGGUGGGAGAUGUACGGGAGCCGAAGAAAAUUCCCAGAUGUCCCAUUUGUAAUUAGCACUAGGAGGCUGAGGUAAAGUUUUUCUCCUUGUUGGCAGCUCGUGUUUUACGGUGAAUCAAUUAUGACGUGAACGCAGCAUAAAACACUUUUCUAAUGGUAAUGUAAUCCCAGUUUGGACCUGAUUGAGCCUCUAGUCAAUGUCAAAACAACAUGUCGCAGAAUUGUAAAUGACUACGUAAGCCUAUGUAUUUUUAUCGCUUGGAUGUAUGUGGGGUUUUUUUGUUUGUUUUGUUUUGUUUUUUUACAAAACAGUUUUUUAUGUGUGUCUAACUGAAACUCCAAUCUCCUGUCGAGUUGUUGUGAUGCAGUAAGAGAAAGGGCCUGAUGAAGUAGGAGCUCGACUUUAACUUUCAUUAUUACUCCUGUUCUACCUCUUGAUCCUCGUUGUGUCUGCUGUUGUUGUGGGUUUACCUUCACACUCCUUCACACACCACGAGCCAUGGACUUUUUGCUGAUGUAAAUCAUUCAGGAUUUUUCAUCGUUGAAAAUCUAGCGCUGUCCCCGUUAGGCCAAAGCAGUCUAUCUUUCAUCACCAUCUCUCGUCUCAUGUUAACUACAACGUGCCUUACUACUGAACCUUAUUUACAUAAUGUGUCAAGGUUUCUGUGGUGGUUUGAGCUCGGUGUAAAGCACUAAAAGCGAGGAUUGUCGUGUUUUUCUCUGCCGUUGCCUUUCUCUGGUUGGGGAAAACUAUUGGCACAAUAUGAGCUUAAUCUAUUCUGACAUGCUGACAGUGAACUAGCUGAGAGAGAGGAGGUGGCAGGGAGGGCUAGAGGAAAAAAAUAGGAAAGGGAGGGAGGAGGGGGGUUGUUUGCGUCACUUGUCAAGUAGGAGGGGUUUAAUGGUUAAAAAAAAGGUUGUUUUGCCCAGUCUCAGACCACCAACCAAUCAUGUGAGAUGUAAGAGGAGUGCUCUGUUCCUCCAAUAACAACUUGUUUUUGCUCCUGCUUGCAAGGGUAAAAAUCCUACAGGCUCCUGCACACACAGAUCUGUAGCCACUGGAUCUCAGCUGGUGAAAUAAUAACCACUCUUUUAAUAAUCUGUCUGAUACAAGGAUUGUGAAGCAGAAACUGCAGUGUUAUUUAUCAUUGUCUGAAAACACGGAGCGUCAACAGCGCCUGUAAAGCACAAGCUAUAAAUAUAUAUAUUAUUAAUAUUAAUGCUGAUUGUGAAAUAAAUGUAACUGAAUGAUGAGUUUGCUGGGUGUUGAAGAUGGCUGAUGACUUAUUGUAUUUUUGUGGAAUAUUUUAUAGAUUUUAUUCAUGAAUACAGUGUAAAACCUCCA